AUGCUGUUGCUUAGAUAUCUCUGCACCGAACUGAUAGCCAAGCGUCGUUUGGACUCAGCUGCAUCGCUGGAUUCUUCUCAAGCCAGUCAUGUAUCUCAGCUCACCACUACAAAUUUGGACAAGGAACUAAGUGCGUGUAUCGUUUUGGCUUGUACGUCACUUGGGAUCCCUUCUCCAACGCCCGGCUUUGACAUUUCUACCACAUUUGAUGCAAUCAACAACGCGACUAUAAAAGCCCUGAAACGCUGUCCUUCUACAUAUUUUGGCCAACCAGUUCUUCCGCUCACUGGCCUGUCCGACAGACAGUGGGGGCAGGUUGCACGAAUCAGCGGGCUACUCCAGCAAGAAUACGCUGUCCGUCAUGCCACAAUGCUAAAGCGCCUGAACGUGACGGUACAAAGUUUCAAAUGGUCUGACAAAGCCAAGCGUAACCUGGAGGCCAUUGCGGCUGCAUACCAGCCCAUUUAUUCAGAAUUAACCAAACCUGUGUUUCCCGGCAUUCCCGAAUUAUUGGCAGUCCGUGACAAUAUGAUUCUUCGGAUCGAGAAGACUAGUGGUUUACAUGCUCGACGCUUUACAACUUGCACGUUGAACAAGAUAUUAAUCGGUCAGGUUCCCGACCGGGGUGGUCGCGCAUGGGAACUAGAGCCACCCCCGCCGGAAAUGCCUGCAUUCAAGCAACGUCAACCGGACCAAGGUCGAGGCGGUGCUUCUUUUGGUGGUGGUCGUGGUGGGGGUGGCGGUGGCGGUGGCGGUGGCGGUUUCGGUAGUGAUCGAGGCCGUGGUGGGUCCGUACGCGGAGCUCAACAACAGUUCCGACCGCCAGCCCCAUCUGCGCAAUGUGGUGGCGGAGACUAUGUGGUUUCCCAGCCUGCUUAUCUUGCAUUGAAUCAACAAAUGCACGGUCUAACUUUUGAACGUGGAAUGGGCAUCGGUCAUCCACAGGGCUAUGUCUUUCAAGUAAGCCCAUCUGCUUGUCCGGGUUUGUUCUGUUCCAACUUUAAUUCACUCUUAUUUGUCAAUUAUGUGGACUAGGUUGACCAUUCAGCCUACGGUGUACCUUUGAUAGCUCCUCAUAUCACAUUUUUGUUCACUAUUCUCCGUCAACCACCGUGACAUCCAUGAACCCUGCGAGGGAUGUUCUCAAGGCAAUGAAACGGCUGUCAGUCGCGCAAAUCGGUUUUACCGAACCGAUUUUAUGUUGUUAGACAGUUGUCUCC